GAGACGGUAUCGUUGCAUUUUACUGUCUUCAGCUCACUCGAUGAAGCGUUUGAGGCUAGCGUGACGAUGUUUAAUACAAAGAAUCAAGCACUAUUUGUUGAUCCUGCUACCGGAGAUUUGAAUUUAGAUGCAAACAUAACGAAAACUAUAACCGUUUACCCGAAAUCUAAUGCACCGGUGUCAUUCCUAGUAAAAGCAUUGAAGCUGGGUGAGUUGGAGAUCCGGUUGAAUGCAUCGAUCAUGCAAGGCGUGAUCUCGGAUAACUUCAAAAAAAUCAUAAAAGUUCUUCCAGAAGACAUAGUGCUUUUCAGAACGGAAAGUAUACAAUUUUAUGGGGAUAAUUCUUCAAGUCAAUCAUUCUACAUUUAUCUGGAUAUUGACGAGAAGGCAGUGGAUACAUCCAUUUUUACUGACUUUACUAUUUAUCCAAACCAAUAUUUCCCACAAGAUGUUUCAGAAAAUUGUUCUGUGGUACUCAAUUACGCCUAUACUAAAGAAGUGAUAUUUUUAGAUUCUGAAUCUACGGAGAACAUUACAAUAAAUUCAAUGCCGAGUGACGUCAGGUCAUUGUACGUCACCAUCAACGGUUCCGUUUCCGGAUUGAUUCAAGUCAACUGGCAAUACCGUCUAAAUUUAAUGGAUUUCGAGCCUCGUUUCAACAUACAGAUAACUGAACAAACGACCUCCUCCGAGUGGCUGAAAGAGUUUAAUAUUUGUUGCAGCUUCAUUGAACAGAAUGGAGAUGAUCAUUCAAAUGGCAUAGUUGUUGAAGUGAGCAUACCAACAGGAUACGCGAUGGAUGAGCACAAUGUACUAGAGAGGGAAACUACUAAUCCUAUCGUUAAUAACAAAAUACAACACGAUGGAACGACGAUGUUAGUAUAUUUCAACAAGAUGAAUAAUGAAACAACUUGCUUCAGUGUUUUCGCGUAUAGAAGAUAUAGACUACCGCUAAGGCGUCCCUCGUAUCGCAUAGUGCAAGAUGCCUUUCGUCCUGAGUUGAGUGCGAUCAAGAUGUUCGAUUUCUAUUAGUUGUGAAUUAAGAUGAUUUUUGCUUCACUGCAUAAUAUUGCUAAAUAUAUUGUGAAUUAUUACUGCUUUGAAGAAUGGAAGAAACCUCAGCACAACAGCAUAAUAUCC